GACUCCGAACUUCAGAGUCAAAUCUAGUAAAAUCACUCAACGGUUGUGUCUCCUGAACGCAGCCAAUAAGUAAUGGUUGCUACUCAUUACAAAGUAAUACAAAGCAAUGAGUGAAUUUAAAUUGCAUCAUUUGGUCAUUGAAUUGAUUGGACUUUUGGGGUCGGCUUCUGCACCAGAGAAACAUGUAGAAAGAUUACAAAAGGAAGGUGUACCUACAAGUGCGAGUGCUUUAACUAUUGUUGCAUCACAACGCUGUAUUCGUAAUUUAGCAAAAAAUUCACCUAUCCCUGAACUGUUUCUUCAAAAGUAUGAAGAAUUAAAAGCAAAGAAGAUAGAUUUAUUAGGUUUAUUUGCCCAAGUCUUGGAACUCAUAUCUGAAGACAAAGAGUUGAAGAGUUACUUAGCUAAACAAGCAUCAGUGUUAGCUUCAAGUUCUACCAAAAAUACUGCCAUUACUACAAAAGAUUUACCACAGAUCUGUAAGAAUGUAAUCAAGGCUGCUGUAGAAGGGGAAAAGAAAUUAACUCAACAUGUAAAUGCAAUUGUGAAGAAAACAGAACCAUCUGUGAUAAAACAUUUUUGGACUCUUGAGAGGCCACGAAUAAGUUGGGACUUUUAUAAUGAACCAAAUGUAUCACCAUGCCAGAAAGUUGUGCCUGCUGUAUCUCAAGAAUCUAUUUUGCUUUGGGAUAUUCUGAAUUGUCUGAAGGGUAUAGAUGGAUCUUACAUUGUUUCUGAACCUUUAACAAGUCCAUAUGCAGUGAAAACAUUCAAAAUAUCUCCUGAUGUUUGUAUAUCUUACAAGCAAAUGGCACAACAAAUAUUACCUCUUGCCUCUCAUUAUUCUAUGACAACAAGGUUUGUAGAAGAAAAAGUCUUAUCAGAAGAUGGUCAAGUCAAUCAUGCUUUAAGAGGAGCUAUAAAAAGUUUACUGAAAGAUUAUUUAUUGUUCGUUGUGCAAUUGGAAAUGGAACACAUUCGCGGCAAAUUAAAUCUACAGAAAUUGUGGUUUUUUAUACAACCUACCAUAAUUGCAAUGUCUAUUCUCUUUCAAAUAACAUCCACAAUAUGUAAGGCAAAUGCAAAAGGUGGAAAGGUUCUUAGUCUUCUGCACGAGCAAGCACAUAAUAUUAGUGGUGAGCCAAAAUUCAAAGAAUUAUGUUUGUUUCUGAUACAAACGGCAAGCAUUCCCUAUAUGCAAAUAUUAGAAAAAUGGGUGUACAAAGGUGUGAUAUGCGAUCCAUACGAAGAGUUCUUUGUGGAGGAUAACGAAUUAAUUCAUAGAGAGGAAUUGCCUGUAGAUUAUUCUGCAGAUUACUGGGAGAAAAGGUACACUAUGAGAUCUGAGAGAAUUCCUACGUUUCUUAAUGAGCAAGCACAAACUAUUCUGAGAACUGGAAAAUAUUUCAAUGUAAUCAGACAAUGUGGUAAGACAGUUCAAUGGGGAAGACAAGAACCUUUAAUCUACCAGCAUCAAGGACAAAAAUACAUUACUGCCAUUGAUAGGGCAUAUUCUGAAGCUGCCAAAACUUUAUUAGAGGUUCUCAUACAUGAAAGUGAUUUAAUGGGACGGCUUCGUAGCGUCAAAAGUUAUUUCCUUCUUGCCCAAGGAGAUUUUGUGGUCCAAUUUAUGAAUCUCUGUGAAGCAGAAUUAAAUAAAAGCAUGUAUGAUAUUGUAAUUCAUCGUUUGGCAUCUCUUCUGGAAGUUGCGCUUCGUAUGUCGACUGCAGAUUCAGAUCCAUACAAAGAUGAUUUAAAACCUGAACUCUUACCAUACGAUCUUCAGUUCCAAAUGUUUCGAAUACUUUCUAUCCAGACCAGAGAAGAGGAAGAGUACUGCUUCAAAACUGAUAAAACAUUAACUGGUUUAGAAGCGUUUGUAUUUAACUAUGACGUUAAGUGGCCCGUUUCUUUAAUACUUAAUAGAAAAGCGAUUGCAUGUUAUCAGAUGUUGUUUAGACACUUGUUUUAUUGCAAAUAUAUCGAAAGACGCUUAUGCAGGGUAUGGGUCAGCAAUAAAAUUGCCAAAACUUUUACCCAUAAUGUUGCAAUGUCUUAUAGAAAAGCAUUUUCAUUGCGGCAACGCAUGCUUGAUUGCGUUCAGCACCUGGCGUACUACAUGAUGGUUGAAGUUAUAGAGCCGAAUUGGCUUACGUUUAUAAAUAAAAUGAGUAAAGUCAGUAACGUGGACGAUGUUUUAAGCGUGCAUCAGGAUUUACAGGAUAGUUAUCUAAAAGAAUGCAUGCUAACGGAUCCUGAUCUGCUCGCUUGCAUUACGGAUAUAUGCGCUGCCUGCAUCGAUUUUUGUGAUUUUAUGGAGCGUAUGAGCCCAUACUACAUUGACGCCGAAUUGACUUCCAUGAUUGGCGCCUAUCAGGAAGAUGUCUAUGAUUUUGAGGAAGAGAAUGGAGACACAUCCAAAGAAAAUGCAAGGAGCUUCGAAGAAACAAUUGUAUCGUUGGACGAUAAAUUUACACAAGUACUGAUACGUCUAUUAGACAGAAUCUGUGAUUUGGGUGGUGAUAAUAAUAAUGAGAAACUCCUAAAUGUUUUCUGUAGGUUAGAUUUUAAUUUGUUUUAUACCGACAUUUUAAUACGACGUGGAAAAGAAAAAGCAACUACUCAAGAGGAAGUCUCUGGUUAACCGUGAAGCAUUAGUAUGCGGUAGGAUCUAU